UCUUCAACAAAACAACAGGUCCUCCUCUGCACCGGCGCCAACGCAACCGGCACCUGCAACUACUCCGUCUACGCCCUCGACACAUGCCACCAGCUGCCCGCGCCCUACCACCAGAACACGAGCACCUUCGCCCCGGACGGCGAGGCGUUUGAGUGCUUCCCCCGGAUCGGCGACUGCGGCGAGAUCUGCACGAGCCCGACGGGGUGCACCUUUGGCAGCGUCGACUUUGACUAUGCGAACAAGUUCAACCUGGGGGCGAUUCAGUGGAACACUCUGAUUUCCAGCUUUGACUGCUCCUUGAAGAAGACGACGACUUCAUGA